CGGCGGCUAGGACGGCGGCCACGACGGCGGCCACAACGGCGGCUACGACGGCGAUGCCGGCGAUUUAGUACAAAAGAGGCUGCGAUAAACUCCCGGUGGAGUCUUCCUUGUUCAUGCGUGCAUGUAACAUAACAUUUCGUUCCUACUUUAUAAAGGACUUUAAAUAACGUCGUGAUGAUAAAAUGUGCAUUUGAAAGUGUAUAUAAUAAUAAUUUAACAAUGUUUAAAAGUAUAACAAUUUUUUAUACAUUGCACCGAUCAUCGUUAAUCAGGUCGUAAAUUACAUUUUUCAUUUUAACUAAUAUUAAUAAUGUUGCGUUUACAAUUAAUACGUCGUCGUGGUAUGUAUAAAUCUUAAAUAAAAUUUUUGUUGGGUAACAAAGAACUAUUUUGCGAUCGUGUAUGCUUUCCUAAGAAGUUCAUCAUACUAUUAAAAAAUAGAGACGAAAUUAUAUGAAUAUUACUAUUCUUUAAUCCUUCAAAAAUAGUAUAUUUUAUUAUUUUGUCUCUAUGAAAUUCAGUUUUAUAAAAAUAAAGAGGAACAAAUUAAUAGGAGUUACGUAUAUAACUAUGAAAAUAAUUUGUAUUAAAAAUACGUGUAUAAACAUUUUCCGAAUAGUUCAUUCACGAUUUUAUUAAUUUGUUCUUUUUAUGUAAGACUUAUAUAUAAAUCGUGAUUAAAUGUGUUUGUAUGAAAUGUAGCAAUUUCUCAAAUAUAAUUGAACAUAUGUUUUACUGACAUUAGCAAAUCAUGCGAGCUAGCAUUAUUGUGGUUUUGGCGUUUGCCACUGGAAUUGUCGUGGUGUCAUCGAAAAAUCACAAUUAUUCUCAUUUCGUAAAACAUCAUGCAAGACCACGGGUAAUUCGAGGCUUCAAACCGGAAUACAUGUCCACGGCAUACGGUUUCGGAAAAAGACAAAGUAUUGUUGACGUUCCAAAGUUUAACAAACGCGAACGACUUUUAUCCAUGCUUUUACAGUAUUUUCCACAAGGAAUACCUGCAGAACGAUUACUUCAGCAAAUGAAAACAAAUCCAGCUUUUAAUACAAAAUUAACGCAAUUAUCGAUGGACGAACGUGGAGAUCUGAUGUCAAUGAUGGAUCACUCUAAUCCAAAAGAACUAACCUGGCUAUUUUAGAUCUUUUAUUGUACG